AGUCAGAUUUGUCAUUAUUCUGUGUUUUAAGCUUAGAAAAGUAUUAAGAUUAUAAAAAUACGAUAAAAGGUUAUAUGGUUAUGUAGGACUAGGAAGUAGAAGGGAGAUUAUUGUUUACUAUCAUUUAUCAGUUAUCAGUUAUCACACUGAAAAAACGUUUUCGUCGUUUUCGACUUUUAAGUUUGUUUAUGAACUGUUGACUGUUUACACAAGACAAUUAAUAUAAAUAAUAACUAUUAAUUAUUAUAGUGUGACACAAUUUGUGUGUUCAAUUGUGAUUAGUAAUUAAACAUUUUAUUCUGUAAAGGCGUUGGGAAUAAACGUUGGAAAUUGGUGUAUUUAGUUUUUAUAACGAUAUAAUUAAAUCACGAAUUCCAAAAUGAAUAAAAGAAAACUAGAAGAAGAGAUUUUUCAACAGAAUAAGUUUGAAAAGUUAAAUAAUAUAGCUGAUUCGGAAGACGACGACGAUGACAGUGUUGAUGAAAAUAAUUAUGAUGUUAUGCAAGAGCAGGAUAUUGAAGGUCAAGAAGAAGGAGUUGUUGGACAAGAUGGUGAGAUACGAAUCACACCAUUCAAUAUGCAAGAAGAACUUGAAGAAGGGCACUUUGAUAAAGAAGGAAUGUAUCACUGGAAAAAAGAAAAAGAUGUACAGGAUAAUUGGCUAGAGAAUAUUGAUUGGUGUAAAAUUAAAGAUAUGUCAAAAGAAAAGAAAAAAAUUGAUGAAAGUGAAGAAGAAAGUGUAGAAUUUAAUGUCAUUGCUGCCUAUAAAGAAAUCUUAAGCAUGAUGGAGCCCAAAGAAGCCAUUUCAAAAUCAUUAAGACGUUUAGGUGGAAACAAACGCCUUACAACUGCUGAACGAUGGAAAUUGAAAAAGGCAGGGUUGAGUACUGAUGAAGGUUCAUCUUCAAAAGUCACUAGACUUACAGAACUUGCUAAUCAAAUUCUAACAGCUAAUGGCAACAUGGAUGUUUAUCAAGAAACUUAUGAGCAGAUUUCUCAAAUUAUUUCAAAAUCAGAGAAGAAAGGUCAACCUUCAACUUCUAUGUCAUCAGAUUUAGAUAUGUAUGCGGAAGAUUUUGAUUUAAAAGAAAAGGAAAAAUUAGAAAGUACAAGCCAGAGUGGUAAAGUAGAACAAGAAGAAUCAGAAGAACUACUGACAGGAGAGUCAUUACAGUGGGAAUACAAAUUUUCAUUAGAAAGUAAUGAAGUGUUUGGUCCAUACAACACUGAGCAAAUGCAAAAAUGGAAAGUAGAAGAUAAAUUUAAGGAACCCAUUUGGGUACGUAAAUGUAAUUCAAACAGCGAUUUCCAUUCAUUUGUACGGGUUGAUUUUGAACUUUAUUUAUAAUUAUUUUUAGUGUAUGUAUUUAUUUAAUUUACAGAGUGUAAUGUGUAUAGUUAAAAAUUAUUUAAACCUGGAAUUUGAAUGGUUAUAGGCAUGUAUUAGAAAAAAAGAAAAAUAUUUAAUUUCACAUUUAUUCUUGGUAACAUUAUGAAUUACUGGUUUAAAAUCUUUCAGCUUGUAAUAUUAAUUGUUCAUUUUCAAAGAAUAUAAUUUAGAUGUAAUUUAAUGUACCUA